CCUUGAUGUAUCCUUGUUUAACAUUCGAUGAGCAACAAGAAUAAAAUGACACAUCGUGCGUUUCACGCGUGAAACGGAACGCAGUCCAGAUGACAGUCAAACAGAUUGCAUAAGCAACCUCGAGUCAUUCGAUUGUGGCGCAGCCGACAGCAAGUGCCAGUCGUAUACGAGAUACAAUACGUACGGUACGUGCAAGUCGCGCUGAUCAGCGGGCGUGAAUUAUUUACGAGCAGGUGCAUCAGAGACGCGAAUCAGCUGAUCAGCCAUGUGUUCCGCGAGGACGCCGCGCAUUCUCUCGAUCCAGAGUCACGUAGUAUCGGGAUACGUCGGCAACAAGAGCGCUACUUUCCCGUUGCAGUUAUUAGGCUUUGAGGUCGAUGCAAUUAAUUCAGUACAAUUGUCCAAUCAUACUGGCUACAAAGCAUUUAAGGGCCAAGUGCUCAAUGAUAAAGAUUUAGAGGAUCUAGUUGAUGGUCUAGCGCUAAAUGACUUGGACAAUUAUACACAUUUAUUAACUGGAUACAUCGGUUCUGCCUCUUUCUUGAAAAGAGUGGCGUUAUUAGUCACAAUGUUGAAGGCCAAAAAUCCAAAUCUUACUUAUGUUUGCGAUCCUGUUAUGGGUGACAAUGGCAAGUUGUAUGUCCCAGAGGCGUUGAAAGAAAUUUAUAAAGAGGAGAUAAUACCGUUGGCAGAUGUGGUAACUCCAAAUCAAUUUGAAUUAGAAUUACUCACAGAUGAAAAAGUUACCAGUAUGAGUGAACUGCAAAAUGCGAUUAAAAAAUUGCAUCAUAAUGGACCAAAAACUGUUGCCGUGUCGUCGACUGAUCUUAGCGACAAAUUGACGGCAGUAGUAAGCACGACGAAAGAUAACACAUUAAUAAAAGUAGAUAUUCCAAAAAUACCAGCGACUUUCACGGGUUCGGGAGAUCUCUUUGCCGCAUUAUUUCUUGCUCACGUGUACCUGCAAAGCGACAUGAAAGCCACCAUGGAGAAAACUAUAAAUUCUUUAUAUAGCGUACUGCUUAAUACGUACGAAUAUUCUAAAGUGUAUGUCGAAGAUAUCGAAGCGCAACCGGCUAGAAAAAUUGAGUUGCGACUCAUACAAAGUAAAGACUGUAUUGAAAACCCAAAAAUUCGUCUAUUUGCGGAAUCCUUAUAACAUACAUGAAAUUAUAGGAAAUAGUGUUAAGGAAAUGCUUACCAAAAAAAUGUUGCUUACCAAAAAUGUAGCCUUUUUAAAUUUUGUGAGGCUAUAUAUGUAUAUACAUAUAUAUAUACAUAGUU